AUGGCUACAGAUGAAAAUAUCAGUCCUAAGGGCUCCAAAAGUAAAGGUAGAGGUGAAAGAUCCAAAGGACCCUGCCCUUGGUUGUGUAACUUAGUUCCAACAAAUGUACCUCUUCCUGGGCCAGCACAGUCUGUGUUGCAUCCUAGAAAAGAUGUUUUUGUACUAAAGGUAGCAAAAGUCGGUCCUACAGGUGAUCGGCGAUGCAAGAUGGAGUUGGAACUGGUCACUCCAAAGGGUCCAGAGAAGAAGCCACCUUGUCGAAUUGACACGAGGGAGACACAAUGUGACCCCGACCCACCACCAUGUACCUGUAUGAAAAACAAAAAGAAGAAAAAAAAUGAAAUCAAGCCUUAA